AGGAGGAGGGGGGCCAUGGCCAGCCCCGAAGAGCCACUUGCUCCCCGCCCCCAGGCCCCCCUGCCCGCGGCGGGGGACGAGCCCGGCUCUGGCAAACUCCGCCCGGAGCCCGGGCGCAGCGCCGCCGGCGGGAGGAGCGCAGCCGGCCCGGGCCCGGCCCCCGAGCCGCCUGGUCGCGGCCGGGCCGAGCGCGCCUGGUCCCCGCGCCCGCCCCCCUCUUCCGCUGGCCGCGCCAGCCCCCCGGGGGGCCCCGGCGCCCUGUCUGCGCGCGGCGGCGGGGGUGGCUGGGUUGCAGCGCGCGCUCCCUUCGCGCUCGCCUUCUCCUCCCCGGUCCGCGUCUCCGCUCCAUCUUCCUUUUACUUCUGGCCGCCGCCCCCCCAACCCCCGCCUUUUCUUCUCCCCUCCUCAUCUGCUUUUCACCUCCCCGCGCGUCUCCCAGGAAGGGAGGGCGCAGCGGCGGCGGCGGCGGCGGCCCGAGGAGGCGGCGGCGAUGCUGGCGGCGGCGGCGGCGGCGGACAAGAGGCGGCUCCCCUGAGCGUCCCCCCAAGCAGGAGUCACCGCGGCGGCGGCGGCGGGCGGCGGCGGCUCUUCCUCUCCCCCGCGCUCCGAGGCUUGCUGCUCUCGCCCCGCGCCGGGCCCCGGCCGCCGCCGCCGCCCCGGCUCCCGCUCGGCCCGGCCGCCCCCCGCGCGGGCUCCCGCGGCUUCCCGGGCGCCGGCGGGGGCUGCCCCGCUCCGGUUCCCGGUCCCGGUCCCAACCCGGGCGGCGGCGGCCGAACGGCGCGGCGGCCCCGAGGCGCCGGCGCCGCGCUCGCCUCCGCGUUCCCGCUGCUUUUCGGCUCCGACAUGGAAGAUGGACCUUCUAAUAACGCGAGCUGCUUCCGAAGGCUGACGGAGUGUUUCCUGAGCCCCAAUUUGACAGAUGAAAAAGUGAAGGCCUAUCUUUCUCUCCACCCUCAGGUUUUAGAUGAAUUUGUGUCUGAAAGCGUUAGUGCAGAGACUGUAGAAAAAUGGCUGAAGCGGAAAAACAAGAAGUCAGAAGAUGAAUCAGCUCCUAAGGAAGUCAGCAGGUAUCAAGAUACAAAUAUGCAAGGAGUUGUGUAUGAACUAAAUAGCUAUAUAGAACAACGGUUGGAUACAGGAGGAGACAACCAGCUACUCCUCUAUGAACUGAGCAGCAUCAUCAAAAUCGCCACAAAAGCUGACGGAUUUGCACUGUAUUUCCUUGGAGAGUGCAAUAACAGCCUUUGUGUGUUUAUCCCGCCUGGAAUCAAGGAAGGAAAACCUAAGCUCAUCCCCGCUGGUCCCAUCGCCCAGGGCACCACCACCUCUGCCUACGUGGCCAAGUCCAGGAAAACGUUGCUGGUGGAAGACAUCCUCGGGGAUGAACGGUUUCCAAGAGGUACCGGGCUGGAAUCAGGGACACGGAUCCAGUCUGUUCUUUGUUUGCCGAUCGUCACUGCGAUUGGGGACUUGAUUGGCAUCCUGGAGCUCUACCGGCACUGGGGCAAAGAGGCCUUCUGCCUGAGUCACCAGGAGGUCGCGACGGCGCACCUCGCCUGGGCUUCAGUGGCGAUACACCAGGUGCAGGUAUGCAGAGGUCUUGCCAAACAGACUGAACUGAAUGACUUUCUACUCGACGUAUCAAAAACCUAUUUUGAUAACAUAGUUGCAAUAGAUUCUCUACUUGAACACAUAAUGAUAUAUGCAAAAAACCUGGUGAAUGCCGACCGUUGUGCCCUUUUCCAGGUAGACCAUAAGAACCAGGAGUUAUAUUCAGACCUUUUUGAUAUUGGAGAGGAAAAGGAAGGAAAGCCCGUCUUCAAGAAGACCAAGGAGAUCAGGUUUUCAAUCGAGAAGGGGAUCGCUGGCCAAGUAGCAAGGACCGGGGAAGUUCUGAACAUCCCAGAUGCCUACGCAGACCCGCGCUUCAACAGAGAGGUGGACUUGUACACGGGCUACACGACCCGGAAUAUCCUGUGUAUGCCCAUCGUCAGCCGCGGCAGCGUCAUCGGCGUGGUGCAGAUGGUCAACAAGCUCAGCGGCAGCGCCUUCUCCAAGACGGACGAGAACAACUUCAAGAUGUUUGCUGUCUUCUGUGCUUUAGCCUUACACUGUGCCAACAUGUACCACAGGAUCCGGCACUCGGAGUGCAUCUACAGGGUCACGAUGGAGAAGCUGUCGUACCACAGCAUCUGCACCGCGGAGGAGUGGCAAGGCCUCAUGCACUUCAACCUGCCCGGCCGUCUGUGCAAAGAGAUCGAGCUGUUCCACUUUGACGUUGGCCCCUUUGAAAACAUGUGGCCUGGAAUUUUCGUGUACAUGAUCCACCGAUCCUGUGGGACAGCCUGCUUCGAGCUGGAAAAGUUGUGUCGCUUCAUCAUGUCUGUGAAGAAGAACUACCGCCGGGUCCCUUACCACAACUGGAAGCACGCGGUCACGGUGGCCCACUGCAUGUACGCCAUCCUGCAGAGCAGCCACGGGCGCUUCACCGACCUCGAGCGCAAAGGGCUGCUCAUCGCGUGUCUGUGCCACGACCUGGACCACCGGGGAUUCAGCAACAGCUACCUGCAGAAGUUCGACCACCCCCUGGCCGCGCUCUACUCCACGUCCACCAUGGAGCAACACCACUUCUCCCAGACGGUGUCCAUCCUGCAGUUGGAAGGGCACAACAUCUUCUCCACCCUGAGCUCCAGCGAAUACGAGCAGGUGCUUGAGAUCAUCCGCAAAGCCAUCAUCGCCACGGACCUCGCGCUGUACUUCGGGAACCGGAAGCAGCUGGAAGAGAUGUACCAGACCGGGUCGCUGAACCUUAAUAACCAAUCACAUAGAGACCGUGUCAUCGGCUUGAUGAUGACCGCCUGUGAUCUUUGUUCUGUGACAAAGCUGUGGCCAGUGACGAGACUGACGGCCAACGACAUAUAUGCAGAAUUCUGGGCGGAGGGCGAUGAAAUGAAGAAGCUGGGGAUACAGCCCAUUCCCAUGAUGGACAGAGACAAGAAGGACGAGGUCCCACAAGGCCAGCUGGGGUUCUACAAUGCCGUGGCCAUUCCAUGCUACACCACCCUCACCCAGAUCUUCCCCGCCACGGAACCGCUCCUGAAGGCCUGCAGGAAUAACCUGAGCCAGUGGGAGAAGGUGAUCCGGGGUGAGGAGAGCGCCCUGGGGAUCCCGGACCUGCCAGAGGCUGAGGGGUCCCCAGAGAGGCUGCCCGUGAAGACCGAUGACUGACGGCCCCCAGUGGGCCGUCCCACCUGAAAAUGCUCAUCCUGCUUCUUUGACUUUUCUUCCUUUUAUUUUCGGGGGGAACCUACACCUGUUAAACUGGGAUGCAGACCUCUUCAAGAAGGACCAUCAAGUGCGCGCGUCCAGCAGAUGGCUCCCUGCCGCGUCCUCGACGGUGAUUGGCCAGACCCCGAGACGCGCCGCCCAGAGACGCCUGCUGACUCGUGGCCCGGCCUUUUGUGAUGGGCUGCUAGGCGGAGGCCUUUACGGAGACGGACGCUUAGAAGGGGUACUUUCCCGCUGUAUCUUUCUAGUGAGGGUUGAAACGGUACUAAGAUGGCACUGCACUCUGGCUUCCACGCCAGUGUUGCUUUGAUGUUGUUGGCUAUAAACAGGAGCUUUGACACGUUGCGCUUGUGGAUGUUCGUGUGUAACCUGGUUGUCCUUAGCGUGGAUCGUGGCAGGCAGCCUCAGCCCGUGGCAUCGAGCUGACAGAGCAAGAAGUGUCUUUCUGCAAUCAUUGAUGGAAACAGUCAGACUUGGGUUCAGAGCCUCGUGAAUUGAAAAAGGUUAGGUGGACUAAAGUGUACUCUUUAAAUUUAUAUAAAGGGCUUAGAUGUGUAAAUUUAACACUAAAGAAAGUAGAUUUUCUAUCCUCUCGAGAAGAGAUGCAGAUAUACAUCAUAAUAAAUCUAAGAACUCCAAUAUCAGUUCUAAAGAUGUUAAGAGAAUUUUUUUUAAUUUUUUUUCCUUUAUUGUAGUCUUGGCAAAUUUCCUAAACCCUUUACACACACACACA